GUUGAAUUGAGCAAAAGGACACACAUCUUCAUACGUUUUAAAAAAAAUAUUUAACCAAAACCGCCAGAUUCCUUUUCUAUUUAUACAGGUAUUAUGAACCCUUAUUCAAACGGAGGAAAUCAAAACAACGCAUAUCUUCCAUAUGGUCAACAACAGCAAUACAUGACAAACCUUCCAGCAGAGAUGCAGUCUGUCGUCAAUGGUUUUCCUUCUCAAAAGAUUGACGGAAACGCCAGUAAUGCUAGCGGCAGUCCUCAGCAACAACCUGCUUCUUUCGACCCAUCCUUAAUGGCCAACUUGAUCGCAAAGAGGCAAAUGUACGGACAACCUUCGCAACCUCAACAGCAACAACAGCAACAACAACAACAACAACAACAACAAGCUUUUAGUCCCACAAACUCUUCCAUGGGUGGAUCUCCUGCUAUUUCUUCUUUACAAAGUCCAAGACAACAAAGCCCAAUGAUGAACAAUAACGUGAACUCUAUGGCACAGUUGCAACAACAAAACUAUAGAAACCCAAGCAUAAGUAAUACCAAUAUGAAUACACCCACCUUGAACAAUACUCCAAACUUAAACGUUAUGUCAAGCAUGAACAAUACUCCCAACAUGAAUAGCAAUGCUCAACAACAGCAGUGGAGUAAGCAACAACAACAAAUGGCGCAGAUGCAGCGUAUGGAUGAGCAACAACGUCAACAGUUUAUAAUGAUGCAACAGCAACAACAACAGCAGCAGCAACAACAAAUGAGAAAACAACAAUUUCAGCAAAUGCAACAGCAAAUGCAACAACAAACACCUGUUUUACCUACCACCACCAUGUCGCCAAUGUCAGAACAGCAAUCUUCACCCAUGAACAGUCUCGAUAUGAUGGCAGAACAAAAAAGAUUAUCGCCAGUCAAUAAUAUCCCCCCUAACAUUGUCACACAUACUGCAGUUGCUGGAGGUCCUGAUGCUGAUUUAAAUACAAAACGAGUAGAAGUCAUAUUAGCUUUGAAUAUAGAAUUGAUUCGAUUAUGUAUCGAAAGUCAAAAUACAGGUGUCAGCUUGGAACCUAAUUUGGGCAUCUAUCAAUCCAGGUUACAAUCCAACUUGACGUAUCUCGCUACAAUGGCAGACAUUUCAAUGGUAGAGCCAGGUAAAGAAUAUAAGGCACCAUCCCCACCUGACUUGAAGCCAUUACCAGCACCAAAAUCAGAGAUUGGAAAAAAGAUUCACGAGAUCCUCAACACAGCUCAAAAUUUAUUCCAUGAACGUAAAGAAUCGCCUGUUGGCAAUCUAAACUUACAGCAGCAAAUCAUGCGUCAACAGGCUGCUGCCAUGCGUCAACAGCAACAACAGCAGUUUUUGAAAUCCGCUAGCCCCACAUCCGUCACAACACCUGUGAGUACACCCACUACACCACGCAAUAUGAUGACAUUAGAUCCUCAAGCCAUGAUGUUGAGACAGGCACAACAGGCACAAGCACAGAACCUCAUGCAGCAGCAGCAACAACAACAACUGAGACAACAGCAGAUCAUGAUGGGAUUAAACAAUACAAAUGGUUACCCGCAGAUGGAUGCAACAUCUUCUCCCGCUGCUAAUACGAUACCACAACAGAUUAGUCCAAACGAUUUAUUAGCAGCCAAUGGUAUGAUGAACCCAUCCAGCAUGAUGAUGAAUCCAAAUAACAUUAUGAAUAAUAUGUAUAAUAACCCAAAUGAUGACCCGAAUAAUUAUAAUAAUGUUAUGAUGAUGAUGCAAAGACUUCAACAGCAACAAAACCAAAAUCAAUAAAAUAUUCCUCCAUUUUUUUUAAAUUUAA